CUUGGUUUGAUCAUUUAGAUGAUAAAAAAGAUAGUCAGACAUGAGGCAAAACUUGCUUUGGCCUAUCUCUCGUCCCAGUUUCCCGUUCUUGUUCGCUCACGGGUGGUAGCACAAUUGAGUGAAAAACUAACGAAUAACGAUGAUUCAAAUUUAAUGGAAACAGAAAAAGAAUCUAGCAAUACCCCUGAACGUCAUCAUAUUAACCACGAGUACCUAGUUACCACGUUAGCCACCUUGUGUACCUCACAGGAGAAUGUGGAAUAUAUUGUACCAUGUUUGGUUGAGAACCUCAUGAUGCUUUGUCAAAAUAUUAGUAAUACAAAUCGAGAGAGGGAUAUGUUUGUGUGGAUUGUUUUGCAGAAUAUAUUUGAAGGCUGUUAUACCUCGUUUAGACAGCUGGUUCUCGUUUGUUUUCCUAAGUACAGAGUCCACUCACAGGAAACAAAUAUUGAAUCAUCGAAAUGUUUAGCUGGUCUUAUCAACAGAAUACCUGAUGAUGUUAAAGUCGAAGAGGAGAUAAAAAAAUGUCUUGAAAAGUUGGAUCCAUUGUUGCAACAAGUUACUGAUGAGGACCGGAAAUGGCGCGCGACAAUUGUCUUAAUAUGGGUAACAAAAGCUGUGUUGAUACGAGGCCACAAUCUUGGAUUGAAACUACUUGAGAAGUUGUUAGGUUUAUUUUGUGACCCAGCUAUAAACCAAUGUGCCGCUGAUGGUUUUUAUAUUAUCAUGUCCACCCCUGAAGAUGUUAUGAACAAUUCAUAUAGUGCGAAUAUUAAGCUCAUGUACAAACAACGAGUGUUUAUCCAAGUCUCGCCAAUGCUGACGAAACUCUUUCACUCCAGUUCAAACGAAACAAAGCAUCUUUAUCUCUGUGCACUUUCACAUAUCUUACAUUGGCUGCCCAAACAAGUUCUUCUUAGUGAAAUACCAACAUUGCUGCCACUGCUUGUUCAGUCAUUAUCCUGCGAAGAAUCAAAUCUUCAACUCUCAACUUUAGAGACAUUCUACUCGUUAACUCAUGACGUGCCCAAGAUUAUCUCGCAAUAUGUUACGUCACUCGUACCCAGGUACAUACACCUGGCACAGAAUGCGACGUCUCUGAAAAUACGAUGUAUGUCUCUGAAAUGUCUCGGAGUUGUGUCUGUUUUACCUCAUCAUGAAGUUUACCCUUAUAAAAAGAAAGUGAUAAAAGCCUUAGCAAUGUGCUUAGAUGAUCAUAAAAGACUGGUGAGAAAGGAAGCUGUUCUCUGCCGAAAUGAAUGGUUCCUGCUUGGCUUGGCUGCAGAAUAGUGUCCUGCAAGGCGGUGAGAAGAUGUAACUUGUAAGGCAGGCAAUAAGACGUAGGAUACGCUGGAAAGGAAUCACCUCAAACCACCACUUGUGCGUGGUUUAAACCUAAAACCUUUAACCAAACAGGGGCAAUUCAUAUGGUGAAUUAUAGUCAUGGUUUUAAACUAACACACUCCCUUGUUUCUCGUCUCGACGAGAGGACAGCUGAACUGCUUUAUGGCUUGAUUUUAAAAGGUACAAAUCAACGUUCGUAUUGGUAGAUGAACUUGCUGAUCUGUAACAUUGACCUCUGAACUAUCUUGGCUUGAUGUGUUGUGAUUUAAACCUUACUUAAUUUAGGGAACGUUACCCAUACACACAGACGAUUACUGUAUCACUCAAUUAUUUCGUGUAUUUGCGUGUGCGUCCCGCGUGACGUACCCAGGAAAUAAAUAAAGUAAUCAUCAUUGUAAACACAGCGACGUAAGUUAAAAUGCAAAUAGAAAUCAUAGUAAAUAUGUACAAAUUUGAAAGAUUUCUAUUUUUUUAUUUUGUGAUUUUUCUUGGAGAGGUGACAAAUCUAAUUGGACAAAAUGUAUACUCUGUUCCUGAUGUGAUGAUGUUUGAAAGCAAUGAUUUGAUCUAUUUUCAUGUCAUUCAACCAAAGAAAGUUAGUUAU